UUGAUCUUCCUUUCCACUUUGAUUCUCUCACUCCAUUUAUUUCAUUGUGCUAAUAUAAAGGAGUGCAGUCCUUCCGCCUGCGGCACCAUUCGCAAUAUCAGCUCCCCUUUCCGCCUCACAAGCGAUCCCAACCACUGUGGCGAUCGGAGAUUUGAAUUAUCCUGCGAAACCAAUGUCACGUUCCUCUAUCUAAAAAACUCUAUCAAAUACUAUGUCAAAGCCAUCAACUACCAAAAUUCCACCAUCAGGCUGGCGGAUGCUUCCAUAAACAACGACAUCUGCUCUUUCCCCAUCCGUUCCUCGUAUCCCUAUACCUUCAUCCCUCUUUCUUUUCCAUACUUUUUUCCCGAUCCCUUUCGACAAUUGUCAGUUAGCUUCAUUAGCUGCCCCAAUCCAUUGAACAACUCUUCCUUCUUUACGGAUAUCACUCAACAUUGUGCCUCUAAUUUUUCACAUACCAUAUUUCGUUACGUAAAUGUUGGGCGCAUCAAGGCCUCAGAGGUACCACAUAGCUGUGGAAUAGAUCUAAUAAUCUCGACAAUAUGGCCCGGAUUCAUGGAUCGGAAGAAUGUCUCACUCUCACAAAUCCACCAAUCUCUCUUGUAUGGAUUUGAACCCAGCUUCUGUUAUAAAUGCGUUGACCAAUCAACAAUAUUGGAGCAACUCUUCUCAGGACCAACUCGCUAUCUACUGAUUUUUCUGGCCAUUAUAGUUUCCAUAAUUGCAGCGGUAAGCUUUCCUGUGACGAUCAUCAUCGGAAUUACUUCUCUAGUACUUCUCUCAUUUACUUCCUUUUUGGAAGAUUUGCAAGACUACUACUACUAUACGACUCUGCUACAUGGAUCAUCUUAUCAUGUUGUGUUCAUUGCAUUUGUCGUGAUUUGUGUGGCAAUUACAGUUUGUUUGGCCGUAGCACUAAACCCCCUUCUCGUGAUAAUCAUCGGAAUUGGAGUUGGAUUCCCAUUCUUCUUUAGUUUCAUCUACAGCUCUAACUACCUCGUGUUCCCUGCCCUCGUCACUGGAAUUAUCAUAUGGACACCAAGGAUAAUCAUUUGUCCUUUCGUAUUAUGGUUUCUGAUCUACAAGUUCCGCAGAAGGCAUUUGUCCUCUUUCGAGGUUGUAGAGUCAUUCCUACAAAGUGACAACAAGCUCGCUCCAAUUAGGUAUUCCUACUCGGACAUAAAGAAGAUGACUAAGAACUUUAAAGAUAAACUAGGCCAAGGGGGCUUCGGUUCGGUUUAUAAAGGAAAAUUGCGAAGUGGCCAUCUUGUAGCAGUCAAAUUGCUCGGAAGAUCCGGAGCAAACGGGCAAGACUUCAUUAAUGAAAUAGCAACAAUUGGAAGGAUCCAUCAUGUAAAUGUUGUCAAGCUUGUUGGAUAUUGUGCCGAAAGAUCUAAGCGUGCCCUAAUUUUUGAUUUCAUGUCAAAUGGUUCGCUUGACAAGUACGUCUUCAAUAGAGAAAAAGCCUAUUCAUUGCAUUGGGAUAUGAAAUUUAAGAUUGCAGUUCAAGUGGCUCGAGGGAUUGAGUAUUUGCAUCAUGGUUGUGACAUCCAGAUCUUGCAUUUUGACAUCAAACCUCACAAUAUACUUCUUGAUGAUAAGUUCAUCCCAAAAAUAUCAGAUUUUGGGUUGGCGAAGUUAUGCUCAACAAAUAAGGAGACAGUGACGUUGACAACAGCCAGAGGAACCAUAGGGUAUGUUGCUCCUGAACUUAUCAAUAGAAGUAUUGGCGCAGUGUCUUACAAGGCUGAUGUGUAUAGUUUUGGAAUGUUGUUAAUGGAAAUGAUGAGAUUAAACAAAGACUUGCCACGAAAAAAUGAUGAAUCUAGUAAGUAUUUCCCAAACUGGAUAUACGACCACUUGAACCAAGGUAGGGACGUUGACAUUGGAAAUGUUGUUGAAAACGACGAUAGAAACAUUGGUCGGAAGAUGACUAUAGUUGCAUUAUGGUGCAUACAAAUGAGUCCAGACAAUCGUCCAUCAAUGAAUAAAGUAUUGGAGAUGUUAGAAGGUGAUGUCAAACAACUGCAGAUUCCUGAUUAUCCACUGUAUAUGGCAGGAAAUCAAGAAGAAAGCUGGGCUACAGAUUCAAAUGUUUCCAUAUCACUGUUGCAUCAUAACAAUGAUAACAAUAUUGUUGAGAUCAUUAGCUAUGCUUAAAUCUGUUGUCUAAUUAUCGUUGAAACAAUAUCCACUUUUAUAUGCCUUGGUCGACCUCUAAAGGUUGUACUAUGAAGAAUAAUAUAGUGAUCUCAAAGUAGCAACCCA